GGUUCAUUUCCUGUGUGUAGUAUUACACCCGCUGUCUCGAGACAAAGCGGACAAAAGCAAGAGUUGGAAACGUUCCCUCCGGUGAGCGACCGUCGACGUCGUUCGGUCGCCCAGUACUCAUCGUUCGUCAAAGUUCAAGGUUGCGUCUCGUAACGUAAACCAUAACCAUGUUCAAGCUCCGCGGAUGCAGACGCGCACAGAGACGGGCUGGGUGUCGUCAGGUCAACACACCCCGCCGCCCCGUCUCUUCGCCUGCUCCCUCCGUCCCGGGCUUCUCGUCACCCCCAAUUCCACCACCCCCCCGAUCGCGCGCACGUCGUCUGCUUUUAGACGACUUCGCUCGCGCAAACGCUUAA